AUGGAGUCAACAAUUGAGAAUCCAAAUAAGAAUGUCUACAAAAGGAAUCCAUCAGAGAGGUGAGUUUUUUUUAAAUUGAUUUCAUUUUCAAAGACAAAGGCUAGUAUGUUUUGGAUGGUUUGUAAAUUCAUUCUCAAAAAAUAUUCAUAGAUAGCCAUAUCUAGAAGCUGGAAAGUGAAAAUAAUUAUGAUUUAUGGAUCGUCUUCUCUUCUUUCUUUUUUUUGUAUUUUCUAAGAUUUGUCUGUUCUCUUUUUUGAAAUAUACAAAAAUAGAACAAGUAGGGAAAGGUUUCUAAACUAAUUGAAUUUGUGCUCUUCAAAAUUGAAAAACGAACGGAACGUUUUUUUUUUCGUUUUCUCAUUUUGUUUUAUUGUUUGGACUUUUUCUGAAAUUUUUUUUUCUGUCGAACGCUUUUUCUGUCCGGUGGUAAAAGCUAGAAUAUAUUUCCUUAUGGGUUCAACUUCACUUUCGAAAUUGAAAAUUUUUUCGAAAUUAGGAAGUGCUUUUGGAAAAUUAACAGUAUGAUGUGAUGAGUUUAAGAGAGCACAUUUUGUUGAAUCUUUGGUUUUUCGACAAUAUCAACUCACAAUCAAUAUAAGAACCUACAUUUCUGAAUUAAAAAAUUAUUUUUAUUUGGUUUUUCUUGAAUUUUCCUCCGCCUCUUGUUUUUUUUUUCGUUGUAUAUUUCACAAUAUUUUUAUGACUGACAUUAUUGCAUAUGUGUCAUAUUUUCGUAUAAUUACGUUCUUGUUAUGUUUCAAGCUCUGAAAUUUUUUUGAGUCAUUUUCUAGAAAAAGUUAGAUUUCUCUAGGCGAAGUUCGGUCCUUUUGUUUAAUUUUAAGUGAUUACUUCUCCGGUGACUUUUGUAGAUUCCACCUCCAAGAAUAUGUCAGAUCUCGAAACUGUAGAGAUCUUUCUGGUACUGAACUUCAUUCUGUAUUUUUCCCCAGUUUUUUUCAUUUCACAGAGCUCCAGAAAAUUUAUGCAUUAACAUUAUGACCGCGUCACGCGGGCAUCACAUGUUGAAAUUUUGAAUAUUUUUUGCACAUAAAAAUAUCGGGGAAAAAAUCAAUUGUUUCUCGAAUACCAUUUCCAAUUUAAUGUGAUUUUCCAAGAAGGAAUUUGAUGUUUAGAACCAUCAUAAUUCUGUAUUGAAUUUCAUUUUGUUAGCUCUGGUUUGUUCUAAAUUUUACUCUGUGCUAUCAUAAGUAUUUUUCAUUCUGCAAGCUCAGAGAAAGGCAAUGUUUUUGUGUUAAGAUUACAUCCUAAAAUUAUGAAUUCAUAUUAUCACAUGAAAAAAUCAAUUGUUUCUCAAAGAAUUUUUUUUAGAUCCACAGAAAAACUUGAAGUUAAAAAUUUCAAAUUUUCAUAAGAUCUCUCGGGUCAUGAAAAACCAAUAAAAAUAAAUGUUAUUGUGACUCAUAAUGGUUGUAUCCAGAGAGAAUCGUUCAACUCCGCCCAUUUAUCAAAAUUCAGAAAAAUUUUACAAUCAUUCAAAAUCACAUUAUUCAUAGACAAAUAUUUUAUUUCAUCAUUCAGUUUUCUCCUGAAAAUUGGAAAUAUUUCUGAUUUUAUUCUUAUCGCUUCUUUUUUUUUAAUUGGCUUUAAAUCAAUGACAAAUGGCAGUCUGAAAUCAGCUGUUAUCAGUUCCGUUAUAUUUUUUCUAGUUAGGAAUCUUGAUUAGAUCGCUUCAAUUAAAAUAUUUGCGCUGAAAAUAUGAUCCAAUUUCAAACUUUCGACAUAUAUUUUUUUGCAUUUCUUCAACUCAAAAAAAAUCCUAAAAACAUUUUUCGACAAUUUUUCCUUUCUAGAAUAAAUUGUUCAACAAAGCGUGGCGCCAAAAAUAUUUAUUUAUAUUUGUAUUUAUUUUUAUAAUAUUCUUAUACACAUUUUUAUUUUGAAAAUAUUCAGACUUCUAUAAACCAGCCAUGCCAGGAAUUUCAAGGUUAUUUUUUGUCAUUUUUUCAUUUUACCAAGGAGGGAAACAUUAAUAAUGCGGGUUUUUUUCCUGGAAAGAUUGAUAACGCAACAUUUUGAGAAACAUUUAUGUAUGUUUCAGAUUUUUUUCUCAUGUUCUUUCCUUCCUAGAAAAAAAGGAACUCCUUUGAGAAUCGAUUGGACCCUGGACAUUUUUGUUUCCAAUUGUUUUUGUUUUGUUUUCUCCAAGAAAAAAAGGAGACACAAAAAAGUUGUUCCUUUUCAGAAAACUUUGCUCUCGUUUUCUCUUUUUAUGAAAAAUAAGUUGAACCUGAAAAAUAAACCCUUGUACUUCUUAUUACAUUGAUAAGAAGGAUUAACCGGCACCCUGAACUUUUUAUUUUUUUGGGUUUCGAAAUAAAAAAGAAAAAAAUGUUUUCAUUUUCAACUUGUAACUUGAAAAGUGUCAUGCUGUCAAAAAUUGUUAAUUUACUUAAUUCGAUUUAAGAUUUUGAGACAGCGAUAAAAAACUUUUCAAGUUAAUUCCAAUAUAGAUUUUUACACUUGAUAAUCUUUUUUUUCUCUGAGGAUUACUGUAUUUUUCUAUUCUGAUUGUUCUAGAAUAAACUUUGGAUCUGAAAUUAUUUCUAGUCAAAUUACGCUUGAUUGAAGCAGAUUUUGAAGAUAUCUGAACUUCAGAAUCAAGUUCUGUUAGGCGUUAUCCCUUCUCCAAUUUUCUCUGAAUGAGUUCAGUUUUUUCUUGUUCCUUUUCCACAUUUCCAAUUCAUUUUCUAUUUCAAAACCUUGAAUAAAAACGGAAAUGUCGUCAGAGCAACACACAAUUUUAGUAGCGCCACAUUCCUAAUUCAUAUGUCAAUCAGACACAAAUAAAAACAAAAAAAACUAGGGAAAAUCUUUCAUCUUUCUCUGUUUUCGAAUCGAACAUUCAUACUGUUCCAUGCCAUACCACACAAAUUUUACAACCAUCAUAAUCGUACUUUUCAAAAUGAUAACCAUAAAACCUGUCAAAAACGCAGCCAGAAAAAAUCAGGGCGAUAAGCCUUGGGUUUCACCCACAGGGAGGGCAGACAUUUUUUGUUCUUUUUUGUUCAAGAAAAAAAAGAGGCGAUAAAAUAAUUCUUGUUCUUCUGCUAUACACAUCUCUUUGGGGGCUCUUCUUAUCACUCACUCACUGAAAAAAAAAGGUUAUCGGCCCAUUUUUUUCUGUUCUGCACUUUUUUAUUUCUUGAAACCAACCUUUUUUCUCAUUCUUGUUUCUAUUCAGUUACUGAAUCAAACCAUGCCUGAGUAUACAGCCAAUGUUGAUGAAAGGUGAGAAAAAAUACAUCUGAAGACUUAAAAAAUAUUCAGGGAUAAAUCUAAUUAAUUUUCAGAGUGUUCGUCAAUCGCUCGUUGCGAUUGGAGAAGAUCACACAUUUCGGAUUUGAUAUGGAUUACACAUUAGUCCGUAAGUUUUAUAAAUAUCUAAAGAUUACUCAUAUUAACCAUGAAAACUCAUUUUUCAGAAUAUAAAUCACCUGACAUGGAAUACCUUGCAUUCAACCUCGCUGUUCAACGUUUGGUUGACACUGGUUAUCCAGCCGAGAUUGCUGACUUCAAAUAUGAUCCAAUUUUUCCAGUCAGAGGUAUUUUUCAUUUCUAGCUUCUUUUAAUCGCGCGUGUCAAUCUUUUGGAAGUUGAUUGACAGUUUAGUAGUUGUCCACUACUGAUGUGAGCAAAAUAGAAGUCAUUUGGAGCAUUUUUUGUUUUAUCAAGUUUCCCAUAAUUUUUGGAAUUUUCGAUUAGCAUUAGCAAAUUUUGAAAUAAUCUCUGAAUAUGAAAAAUGAACCGGAAAUUUGAGAUUCUGAUGAAAUUAGUUUUAGAAUUAGAAUUACAUCUCAAAUCAUUGAUCAGAAAAACAUCGGAUAGAAGGGGUUUUCAGAGGAAAAAAAAGAGCAUAUGAACAAUCAAAUGAGCUCUAUCGUAAAAAUAAUUUAUAUUUUUGGGAAUUUUCAAUUAACUACAUAUUGAUUGAAUAAUAAUAGUUAUGCAACUGUAAGCUCUUCUUUUCCACAAAAAAACACUUUUUCCAGGUCUUUGGUUCGAAUUCCAAUAUGGAAACUUACUCAAAGUCGAUGGAUUCGGAAAUAUUCUUGGUGGAAUCCAUGGUUUGAGAUUCCUCAAAUCUACUGAAAUUGAAGAAUUCUAUCCAAACAAAUAUUUGCCACUUUCCGAUUCUCGUGUUUAUGUUUUGAACACACUUUUCAACUUGCCAGAAACUCAUUUGAUCUGCCAAUUGAUUGACUUUUUCGAUAAACAUCCCGAAUAUUCACAGUGAGCACCGACAUCUGAAAUAAGUUAACAUCCAACAAAAAAACAUUUCAGAUUGCCUGAUAGAACUGGAGUCAAAGGUGGCGAAGUUAUGAUGUCUUACAAGAGUAUUUUCCAAGAUUUGAGAAGAGUUAUCGAUUGGGUUCAUAUUGAAAGUCCAAUGAAAAAACAAGUUAUGGAAACUCCAGAGAAAUUUGUUGUGAAAGAUGAGAGAGCUGUUCAAUUUUUGGGACAAUUGAGAGAGAAUGGAAAGAAGACUUUCCUUUUGACAAAUAGUGAUUGGAAAUAUACAAAUGUAAGUGAUUUAGACCACCCACGAUGAUAACAAAAACAUUUAUUUUUAUUUUCAAUUUCAGGUUAUGAUGUGCUAUAUUAUGGGUGACAACUGGAGAAGUUACUUCAAUAUCAUUGUUGUUGAUUCGUGUAAACCUAGAUGGUUCGCUGAGGGUACUGUAUUCCGUGAGGUCAACACAGAUACUGGAGUUUUCAAAUUGGGAAUUCAUACUGGGCCAUUGAGAGAAGGAGUGGUUUACUCUGGAGGUGAGCUGAUUAAUUUUUUUUCGUAGACAAAAAAAAUUCUUGGAAAUUUAUUUCGUUAUCAAAAAUUUGAUAAAUAACUGAACUGAAAAGAGUGGGAGAAUUUGUACUUUGGAGACAGAAUAAUUAAUUUAUCAUUUUUGAAAUUGAUAACGAACAUAACAAAAUACAUACUGACCGAAGGCGAACGGUUCUUUGGUUUAUUGUAAAUUUUGCAAAUAUAAUAAUAAUUUUCAGGAUCAUGCGAUGCCUUCCAAAAAAUGAUGAAAUGCCGUGGAAAAGAAGUGCUCUAUGUUGGAGACCAUAUUUUCGGAGAUGUUCUUCGCUCAAAAAAAUCUCGCGGAUGGCGAACAUUCCUUGUUGUUCCUGAAUUGGUCAACGAAUUGACUGUUUGGACAGACAGUAAAAGACUUUUCGAUGAAAUGGGAAGUAUGGAAUCAACUUUAGCUGAAAUUUACAAACAUCUUGAUGGUGCAUCCAGACACAAGCCUGUUGUUAAGGAUAUUGUCGACAAGAUUAGAGUGAGUUUUUUAAUAUAAUUUUUUAUAAUUCAUAAUUCACGUUUUUUCUAGAAAUUGUCAAGCCAAAUGGACGAAGAAUACGGUAUUUUGGGAAGUUUGUUCCGUACUGGCGGUCGCACAACAUUCUUUGCUGCUCAAGUCGAAAGAUAUGCCGAUGUCUAUGCUUCAUCCUGCUACAACCUUGUCCACUAUCCAUCAUUCUAUUAUUUCCGCGCACCAAUGAAAUGUAUGCCACACGAAGCGACUGUUGAUCAUGCGGCAACAUUGAGAAGCAGAUCAAACACUUUGGAAAGACAACAAAGUGUUGGACAACAAGGUGAGGAUAUUCGAGAGAUGUGGUGGAGAUUUUUUUUGAUUUUGAUUUUUUUUUCAGUUCGCGGGUGGAACAAGAAAACACUCAACACACACGAAACAUUCUGCCACGAAGAAGAGGAGGAUGAAGAUCCAUCCAACAGCUCGAGCUCCGAUGGAGAGGUAUGUAUUUUUUGAAAAAUAUUCUGGAGAAGAAUCAGAAGAAUGUUUUUGUAGGCUUUUAUGUUACUAAACUUCAAAAAACUUAAAGUUAAGCCAAAUUUAUGGCAGAAUUUCAAAACUAAAAUUUUUAGAAAAUUAUCAGAACUUUUGGGACUUUAAAUUAUAUACUGCUCCAGAAAUUUUUGAAUUUUCAACGAUUCAGUUCUGAUUAAAAUAAUUUUUGAACCCUUUUUCAUUAAGAAAAUUUUUGAACCAGCCAACACUUCGACUAACUCUGUUCUACGUAAAAUUUCUAAAUUUAAUUUUCUAUUUUUACUUCCAAAACUGAAAAUAUGUAUCUUGGCCUAAUUUGGUAGAAAAAUUAUUGAAUUUGGUUACGCAAUGACAAAAAAAAACUAAAAACCAAAAAUUGAUCUUAUAUGUUUUCAGAAAAACGCGAAAAUUUCUAAUAAUUAAAAAAAAACAGGAAAUAAUCAAAGUUAUCUAGUAUUUGCAAAAAAUUUAAUUUCCUAGGCCAAACAACGUCACCGCUCAAAAUCUGGAAGCGAAGAAUCGGCAGAAGAGCCAAUUGUUAUCGCCGCCGAAGAGCCACAUCAAGAUGUUGUUACACCAGCUCCAGCUUUCGUCGAAAAAAGCCUUUAA